GGUUGAUAAUUCACUCCUCUCGUGGUGUUUGCAGACACCUGAAGGAAACCCAGCCUGUCUGAGUGGCCGUGCCUACUGGCAGUGCCCUGACACAGUUUUGACUGGCAGUGAUACGGAGUCGAAGCAGCACGAGGCCGGGUGUUCUGCUUCACCCCGUCCCUGACCAGUACUGGAGCCUCAGGCUUCAGCAGUUAUGACUCUUUCCUAAGGGCUGAGACGGGGACAAGGAAGAGUCACCUGGGGUGCUUGUUAAGCAUUCGGCUUCUGGCUUCCUUGGAGAAUCUGGUUCAGCUGGGCUGGGACGGGACUCGGGCGUGUGUAUGGUUAAUAAGCUCCCCAGGUGAUUCUCACUAAGGAGGCUGAGCAAACACGGGGCUGGGUGGUCACUCAUCAGGGGUGGUGGAAAAUUCCUUUUAAGUAGAACUCUGAUUCCAGUUGGUGCUUCUCAUACCUCAGAAUCCGCAGUGGCGCUCAUUAAAGCUCACACUCCUGCAUUCCCGCUCUCCAGAUACUCUAAUUAUGCAGGUCUUAAAAAGGUCCCUUGUUGAUUUCAUGUAGGGACCAUUGGUAGAAAUGGAAUCCAUUAUGCUUCCCAAGUCUCAAGCUUGCGUGUGUAUGAAUCUUAUUCCUGUAGGACCGGAGUACUUCCCAGAAUGCUUAAACUUAAUAAAAGAUAAAAACUUGUAUAACGAAGCUCUGAAGUUAUAUCCACCAAACUCGCAGCAGUACAAGAACAUCAGCAUUGCUUACGGGGAACACCUGCUGCAGGAGCACCUCUGUGAGGCAGCAGGGCUCGUGUUUGCCCGCUGUGGUGCCCACGAGAAAGCUCUCAGCGCCUUUCUGGCUUGUGGCAGUUGGCAGCAAGCGCUCUGUGUGGCAGCCCAGCUUCACUUGACCAGAGACCAGCUGGCUGGCCUGGGCAGGACUCUGGCAGGAAAGCUAGCUGAGCAGAGGAAGCACGGCGACGCAGCCACAGUUUUGGAACAGUACGCCCAGGUCCUGGAAAGAAAAUAUGUUGGGUGAUUGAGCUGAAAACAUGAAGAUAUAUCCCACCUAAGAUGGUUAAUGAAAAUGGAUAGGAUGCCUGCUUUUGAUUUCUAACAUUUCUUUUUGACGCUUUCUUAGAAUUUCCAACUCUCUGCUUACAUGACCCAUCUGUUCUUGCACGUUGUCUGUUUUUUCCAUUAGAGGUGUUAUAUUUAUUGUACUGGUUUUAAGUUUCCAGCCUCACAAUCUCAACAUCCCUGCCGUAUCAGGGUCAUGUUCUGAUGCUUGCUCUAACUCUUUAAACUGUUUUUUAAUCCCUUUUGUAUGCCUUGUAAUUUUCUGUCAAAAUCCUACUAAUGUGUGUGAUAUACUGGGUAAAAGCAAAUUUGAUACAUAGGUCUUUAAUGAUAUGGUAAUGAGGCUGGGGGUUGGGUAGGAGAAGUGUUCUGUAGUCCUGUGAUUAGCUGGCAGUCUUUGAGCAUGUACCUCAACUGUGAACUUCACCAGUCCUUCAUUUUCUUUUCACUCCUUAGGUAGGACAGGAAGGUUAGAGGGGGCUGGAGUUGGGUAUUUCCCUGCCUCCACAUUGGUCAGGCCCUGGUAAAACCCACUUUGAUUAGGCUCUGCCAAAAUCAUUUGAGUGCAGGUCUUG